GGCGCGCGGGCAGCUCGCGGGCACCCGGGCCGGGCCGGCGCGGGAGCGGGAAAGGGUGCGCUAUGCCUUUAACGCCCGCGUACAGUAGACAGUAUAGUGGAGUGUAGGGAAAAAAAGAAAAAAAAAAAAAACUCUAGGCGGGGUUAAAGUUCAGCGCGUGGAGCGGCAAAGAGCGCUGGCUGCUGCAGUUUGAGCCGAGUUGGAAAUGUGAACGCAAGAAGCAGGCUUGAUUUUUUUUUUUCCUCUCUCUUCCCCCCCCUUCUCCUAGCUCUCUCCUCCUCUCUUUCUCUCUCUCUCUCUCUCUCUUUCCCUCUCUCCCCCUCUCGCACCCACACUCACGCACACCUCCAGCCCGCACACAGGCGUGCACGCACCCCCCGCCGCCCGGCAGUUAUGUAUUCUCCGCUCUGUCUCACCCAGGAUGAGUUCCAUCCUUUCAUCGAAGCACUUCUGCCCCACGUCCGCGCCUUUGCCUACACAUGGUUCAACCUGCAGGCCCGAAAGCGAAAAUACUUCAAAAAGCACGAGAAGCGUAUGUCAAAAGAAGAGGAGAGGGCUGUGAAGGAUGAACUGCUGAGUGAGAAGCCGGAAGUCAAGCAGAAGUGGGCUUCCCGACUUCUGGCCAAGUUACGGAAGGACAUCCGACCCGAGUACCGAGAGGAUUUUGUUCUUACAGUUACGGGGAAAAAACCUCCAUGCUGUGUUCUUUCCAACCCAGACCAGAAGGGCAAGAUGCGGAGAAUUGACUGCCUCCGCCAGGCAGAUAAAGUAUGGAGGCUGGACCUGGUCAUGGUGAUCUUGUUCAAAGGUAUUCCGCUGGAAAGUACUGAUGGCGAGCGCCUUGUAAAGUCCCCGCAGUGCUCAAAUCCAGGGCUCUGUGUCCAGCCCCAUCACAUAGGGGUUUCUGUUAAGGAACUCGAUCUAUAUUUGGCAUACUUUGUGCACGCAGCAGACUCAAGUCAAUCUGAAAGUCCCAGCCAGCCAAGUGAUGCUGACAUUAAGGACCAGCCAGAAAAUGGACAUUUGGGCUUCCAGGACAGUUUUGUCACGUCAGGUGUUUUCAGUGUGACCGAGCUAGUAAGAGUGUCACAGACACCGAUAGCUGCAGGAACCGGCCCCAACUUUUCUCUCUCUGAUUUGGAAAGUUCUUCGUACUACAGCAUGAGUCCAGGGGCGAUGAGAAGGUCUCUACCCAGCACGUCCUCUACCAGCUCAACAAAGCGCCUCAAGUCUGUGGAGGAUGAAAUGGACAGUCCUGGUGAAGAGCCAUUUUACACAGGCCAAGGGCGCUCCCCAGGGAGUGGCAGCCAGUCCAGUGGAUGGCACGAAGUAGAACCAGGCAUGCCUUCUCCAACCACACUGAAGAAGUCUGAGAAGUCUGGUUUCAGCAGCCCCUCCCCCUCGCAGACCUCCUCCCUGGGAACAGCGUUCACACAGCAUCACCGACCUGUCAUUACAGGACCCAGAGCAAGUCCACAUGCGACGCCGUCGACCCUCCACUUUCCGACGUCACCCAUCAUCCAGCAGCCUGGGCCUUACUUCUCACACCCAGCCAUCCGCUACCACCCUCAGGAGACACUGAAAGAGUUUGUCCAACUUGUCUGCCCUGACGCUGGUCAGCAAGCAGGACAGGUGGGGUUCCUCAAUCCCAACGGAAGCAGUCAAGGCAAGGUGCACAACCCAUUCCUCCCCACCCCAAUGUUGCCACCGCCACCGCCACCACCGAUGGCCAGGCCUGUGCCUCUGCCCAUGCCGGACACCAAGCCUCCAACCACAUCCACAGAAGGAGGUGCAGCCUCCCCCACCUCACCGACCUACUCGACACCCAGCACCUCCCCCGCAAACCGAUUCGUCAGUGUUGGACCACGGGAUCCAAGCUUUGUAAAUAUCCCUCAACAGACACAGUCCUGGUACCUGGGAUAAAAGUUGCAGCAUCCCACCACCCACCGGACAGACCACCUGACCCCUUCUCAACUCUGUAACACGGACGCAACCUCAACCCAGAGCAGUUACAACUUCACUGUCGGUAGAAGAAGGGGAGACAACCUGACUCCGAUCAACUUGGACAUGGAAAACAGCAAGCAUCGUGGUCCAACAGCAAAGGCCAUAACUUUUCGGGAUUUUUUUUUUUAAAUAAUACUUUAAGGACUGUCGUAAUUUCUCAUACGGUGCUGGAAAUGGUUGGGCUGCGUGACGUUUGAAGUGUUUCCGGUGGUGGUGUGAGCAUUAGGCGAAGUGGCUGGCAGAGGAUGAGCCUUGCUCACUAACUUCCUGUUGUAACACACUUGCCUCGCGAGCCUGGCCUUUUCACAGUAUUUCAUGGAUUUGCCCACCACAGGUGUGAAUCUCCCCGAGCAUCUGGAGGCACCUGGAGAACAGAAUUUUUUGUAGUAGCUGAGAUCUGAGAUCUGUAACUUACAGGACACUCAAAGGGCAAUUUUUUUUUUCUGUAACAUAUUAGAAAAAGAAAAUGCAGUUACAUUGAUCUUUCUUUUCGUUUGCUUUGGUUCAGAAGUCAGUAGUUACAUACAUAACACAGCCCGCGAGGACAGCGAACCCACUCGUGUCGCAGAACAAUUCUAAAAAGACAGCAAAGACUACUACUAUCAGUUUGGUUGUUUUUGUUUUUGU